CACACUACCUCUCCAUCUCUCUGCCUGCUUGUCUCCCAGACAAGCUACGCAACAUUACCUUCCAAUCAAUACUUCAGAGCAUCGAUUACAAAAGCAUCGAUUACAAAAGCAUCUAAUACUAAUUUUACCAACCUACAGCAGCAUAACCCAAAAACCAUACUCAAGAAAUCUUCGCAGUCAUGGCCAGCCCAGCGGUCCUGACUCCGGUCAAGAACCGCAACUCAGUCUUCUCCACCCGUGCCGCUGGCGGACGGAUGCCAUUGACUCCUUCUCCCCGCACACCCAAGACACAGACUCCCGAUGCGCAGGCGCACGAGUCGAUUCAUGGCGGAAAUCUCAUGGCCCGUUUCCAGCGUUCCAUCUCCAAGAGCCAGAAGCCUUCUCCCAAGUCAAACAUCGCCCGCGUCAACUCGCCACGGAGACUAGAGCUCGGUGUAUCUGAAUGGUCGCUCACAGGAACCGCAACCGUUACUGCGAAGGCAAAGGCACCCGCAGUUGUCAAGACAAAGAAGGAGCCUGCUGUUCGCGCACGCCCAACCAAGACUCGCAUCACCUACAACUCCGCUGACCGAUUCAUCCCCAACCGGACGGCCAGCGACGCCAUUGCUACGGUUGGCUCUGGCAAGAUUGACCGCGAGUCGCGGCCCAAGUCCAGCUCCAAGGCCGAGGGUUCCACAGUACUUGCUAACGCCGCGAGUGCAUUCGACCUUGGUGGUCGUGGGUCGGAGGAGGACGUCACCCUUGCACUGGAGGGCCUGAACCUCGGAGAGGACGAGGAGGAGAGCCAGCCCAAGGCGAAGCCUGCCCCAGAGACAGUCGCGUACCAGUCAACACUCGCCUCAGCAUGUGGCAUCAACCAAAACCAGCGCAUUCUUGCAUUCAAGCCUGCCCCACCAGAGUCAUCAAAGCCUAUCGACCUCCGAUCGCAGUACAACCGCCCUCUCAAGCCCACCAGCGGCAUCAACGCACAGAGCCGUCGUCGCAUUCCUUCAGCACCCGAGCGCGUUCUCGAUGCUCCUGGCCUUGUCGACGACUACUACCUCAACCUGCUCGACUGGUCCUCUGGCAACCAGGUCGCCAUUGGUCUUGAGCGUUCCGUCUACGUGUGGUCUGCCGACUCUGGUUCCGUCUCCUCGCUCUUCGAGUGCUCUGCCGAUACCUACAUCUCUUCUGUGAAGUGGUCUGGCGACGGUGCCUACGUCGGUGUCGGACUCGGCACAGGUGAGGUGCAGAUCUGGGACGUGGAAGAGCAGACCAAGCUCCGCAGCAUGUUCGGCCACGAGACCCGUGUUGGUGUCAUGGGCUGGAACAAGCACAUCCUCUCCACCGGUGCCCGCUCCGGUCUCGUCUACAACCACGAUGUCCGCAUCGCCCAGCACAAGGUCGCCGAGCUCGUCUCUCACACUGGUGAGGUCUGCGGUCUUGAGUGGCGUGCCGACGGUGCACAGCUCGCAACGGGCGCCAACGACAACCUGGUCUCGAUCUGGGAUGCGCGUUCUCUCGCUGCGCCCAAGUUCACCAAGACCAACCACCGUGCUGCCGUCAAGGCUGUCUCCUGGUGCCCCUGGCAGUCCAACCUCCUCGCUACCGGCGGUGGCUCCAACGAUCGUCAGAUCUACUUCUGGAACACCACCACUGGUGCUCGCGUCAACCACAUUGCCACCGACUCCCAGGUCACCAGCUUGCGAUGGAGCACUCACUACAAGGAGAUCGUCAGCAGCGGCGGAUUCCCUGACAACAGCCUCAGCAUCUGGAGUUACCCCACCGGUGUCAAGAACAUGGAGAUUCCCGCCCACGAGUCUCGUGUCCUCCACAGCUGCCUCAGCCCGGACGGUCAGAUGCUGGCCACCGCUGCUGCCGACGAGUCCCUCAAGUUCUGGAAGAUCUUCGAGAAGAAGCCUGGUCAGCCUUCCGUCGCUGCCGCAGGCGCCGUCUCGACCAAGCCCAGCGCUACCAAGCAGAUGACCAUCCGCUAAGUCUGUAUCGUGUGGUGAAAGAGCGUGAAGAGGGAAGAAGCAGUGGGCUCACCUGCCACUAUCAACAUCCAGCACAGUCAUCGUCCUCGACCAUGCCACUGCUGCGACCAACAAUACCGGCUUGCGCAACGGAGCCAGUAUCACCCCGACUCUACGCGCAACGGUAAGUUGGUAAGUAUCACAUCUUGUUUGGGUAUGUGACGCGUUCCAAUACUGGAACUCCACAUCUACCCUCGGAUCAGUCAACUGGGUUCAGUGACUCGGCGAGGCGUUCUCGAAGCAUUGCACGGCGUCAAAUCAGCAUUUCGAGCGUGCUUGCUACAUCAAGUUCAUGAGUUACGAUAUGAUACCCACCCAGCCAUCGAGGGAGCUUUUGGUACAAUUUUUGGAGUCUAUUGGGAUCAGUCGUCAUAGCAUUAUCAAUCAAACACUCAAACAUGC